AUGGAUGUUAAUGACAACCAUGAAAGUUUGCUCAAUUCACCGUUAAUAACAAAAAAAAUUUGUCGUCCACGUCUUGUUGCUAAAGAUGGUCGUUGUGUUUUGCAACAAACUGGAACACCUCAUCCAUAUCGAUCGGUUUACAGGAAUUGGUUCCAUUUGAUAAUCGAAUGUAAUUGGCGAAUUAUUUUAUGUGUUUUUGCUAGUGGUUUUAUUUUUACCUGGAUUAUUUUUGCUCUAAUUUAUUAUCUUAUUGUAUUACCUGAUCAAUCAUCUAGAGGGCAGAAAAAUGAGAAAUGUAUUGCAAACGUAUACGAUUUGAAGACUGCCUUCCUGUUCAGUUUGGAAACACAACAUACAAUUGGUUAUGGAUUUCGAUACGUGACAGAUGCAUGUCUACCGCUUGUUUUUAUCUUAUCACUACAAUGUAUUGUGGGCUUUUUCAUGCAAACAAUGUUAAGUGGCAUUGUUAUCGCCAAAUUAUUACGUCCAAAAAAGCGAAAACAGGAAGUGAGAUUUUCUCAAGUGGCAGUAAUAGAUUCAAUAGCUGAUACGGAUAGGAGAUCGGUAUUGAUGAUACGAAUUGCUGAUAUACAAAAUAAUUUGUAUAUCGCUGAGCCACAUGUUCGAUUAUAUAUGGCAACUUCAAAAAUAAAUAAAAAUGGUGAACGAGAAUUAGCUGAUUUUAAAGAUAUGAAUGUUGGUUAUGAUGCUGGUUGGGAUCGAAUACUUCUUCUAUGGCCAAUAACAGUAAAGCAUUUAAUUGAUGAUCAAAGUCCGUUAUUUGCAAUGACACCUGAUAAGAUGCAUAGUGCUUAUUUUGAGCUUAUCAUGACUGUUGAAGGAAUUGUUGAAUCUACUGGUAUGACAUUUCAAGCUCGAACUUCAUUUUUACCGGAUGAAAUACUCUGGGGAUACAGAUUUCGCUCGAUGGUUGUAUUAAAUGAAAAAAUUGGCAGGUACGAAAUACAGUACAAAUUAUUUGAUGAAAUUGAACCGAUUGAUGAAAUUAAUUUGAAAACAAUGGAAAUUGAUGAUAAUAAUGAUGGCUAUGAAUCAUCACGAAAUAUUUCCGGUUUUAUCUGA